AUGCAUCUGAAAAAAUUCAUUGACUGUAUUUUUCUGUUAAAAGUAUACAAAAGAAGAUUCAGGUUUCUGCUGGUGCCUGAGGCGAGCUGCACUGCGACCCUGUCCGGACACGGCAAGGGCGGCAAAGGCCUGGGCAAGGACGGCGCCAAGCACCACCGCAAGGUGCUGUGCGACAACAUCCAAGGCAUCACCAAGCCCGCCAUCUGUCGCCUGGCCUGGCGCGGCGGCGUCAAGCGCAUCUCGGGGCUCAUCUAUGAGGAGACCCGCGGCGUGCUCAAGGUCUUCCUGGAGAAUGUGAUCCGCCACACCGUCACCUACACGGAGCACGCCAAGCGCAAGACGGUCACGGCCAUGGACAUGGUCUACGCGCUAAAGCGCCAGGGCCACACGCUCUACGGCUUCGGCGGCUAG